AUGGAGAAAUACAGGUGCAAACUCUGCUUGAGAAAUUUUGCUAAUGGAAAAGCACUUGGAGGGCAUAUGAGAUCUCACAAGAUGAACUGUUAUGCAGCACAAAAUGAGAAAAAAGUUCAGACCUUUGAACAUGAUUCUCAACCGUCUGAUGACUUUCAAUCAUCUUCAUCAACAUCAGAAGAAGAGGAAGAAAAUAUAGAAAAGGAGGUUUUAUGUUAUGGGUUGAGAGAAAACCCGAAGAAAACUAUCCGUUUUGUAGAUCCAAGGUUCUUUUCUGCAUCAGAUUUUGUUGUGCUUCAAGACGGAGAAAGUGAAACAGAGUCGAAGCUGAAGCCGAACCGGAACCCGAUAUUCAGGCGUUCUAAAAGGAUUAGGAAAACAAUAAUUUCUGUGAAAGAAACAGAGUUGAUGAAAAAAUCCAAGUGUGAAAAGGGAGAAAAGAUUAGUCCUAAUUGUAAUGAGUUGUCUGAUCAACCUUUGAGUUCAAUCUCAGACAAACCAGAAGAAGAUGUUGCUCAUUGCUUAAUGAUGUUGUCCAGGGAUACCUGGCAUAGACAAGAAUAUGAAUAUGAAGAAGAGGAUACAGAGAGGAAAAAGUAUGAAGAUGAUGAUUAUUCCGAGGAUUCUGGUGCAGUUAAGGUGGCUAACAGUACUAAAGUUCGAGGAAAAUACAGAUGUGAAACGUGUAACAAAGUUUUCAGGUCAUAUCAGGCUCUUGGAGGACACAGGGCGAAUCACAAGAAGAUUAAAGUCAACUUAACGGCGGAGACACCACCUCGAGUGGUGGUGGAAACCGGGAAAAAUGGCUGUUCAACAUCGGCAGUGGAGGAGAAGAUACAUGAGUGUCCUGUUUGCUUCAGAGUUUUUUCGUCAGGGCAAGCUCUUGGUGGGCAUAAGAGAUCACAUUUUAUGGGUGGGGGAGCAAUUUCAGCAACUGUGAAUUCUAUCACUCCUCCUCCUCCUGCUAAACCAUUUUCAAGAAUUGGUGAAACUUUGAUCAUAGAUCUCAAUCUCCCUGCUCCAGUUGAUGAUGAUGGUGAUGAGUUUAGCCUAGUCAUGAAUUAG